AUGGUUGCUCUGUUUCCAGUUACUUUAAUAGUGCAAGGUCACAAAAGCCUUCACGCCAUUCGAAUGAAAGGUUCAGGUGGAGUCCAGCGUAUGGAUGUCUAUAAUUUACGAGAUCUCAGAAAACCUAUCCUCGCUUUGAGUGCAUUAACUGCUUGAACUACUGUAUGAUCUUGAAGAUGACUGAAAAAUCGUUUUGUCCUGAAAAACUUGCAUUGUGGUGUUUUAUGCUCUUCGAUUUCAAUUCUACAGUAUUUUCCUAUGUCAUGCUAUCUCUCUGAUUACUAUGCUGGAAUUCAUUGUCCAACAGGCAACCCCUGUCACUAUAACUGUUGGAUCACAUGUCUGGGUGGAGGACUCAGAUGAAGCCUGGAUAGAUGGAGAAGUAUUGGUGGUUGCAGGUGAUGAAGUUAAAAUUAGCUGCACAUCUGGAAAGACAGUGAGGACUCUUGAUCUGGCUACCCUUACCUUGAUGCAUCUUUCAUUAAGUUUAUUGUCAGAAGUUAGGCUUUUGUCCAUUAAGCAAUGACAUUUUCCUCUUGUCAUGGAUUUCAUUUGUCAUUGCAUAGAUUUUCAAACUGUUCCUCGCAUAAUUUAAUAGUCUUAGUUCUCUGGGUAUAUGAAACUUACCUUUAAUUGAUUGCUCUGAUUUAUUUUGUUUGAUCAGUUUUAUUGAUUUAGUGGCCUCUGCCAUUUUAUUUCAGGUUAAAAUUAAUGUUGAUUAAUGUCUUUUUUCUAGGUCACGGCUCACACUUCUAAGGUCUAUCCCAAAGAUUCUGAAGCUUCACCGUGUGGGGUGGAUGAUAUGACAAAAUUGGCAUAUUUACAUGAACCAGGGGUGUUGCAGAACUUGAAAUCUAGAUACGAGAUGAAUGAAAUUUAUGUAAGACUUACAAGUGCUUUCUUUUGUGGGACGUGUUAGUCAUAUGCCGAAUUAUUUUUAUGUGAUAAUAUACUUUUCAUUUCUGAACUUGUACUUCCUGCUCAACUAAAAUGUUGGGGCAGUGUAUGAACUGCCUUUGCGGUAUGCAUACAUUAAUAAUGUCUUAUUUUCUAACCAGACGUAUACUGGAGGAAUAUUGAUUGCCGUGAACCCUUUUCGAAGACUUCCUCAUCUAUAUGAUAGCUACAUGAUGCAACAGUAUAGAGGGGCAGCUUUUGGAGAGCUAAGUCCUCACCCUUUUGCUGUUGCUGAUGCUGCCUAUAGGUAAAUUUUGUCCUUGAUGUCACAAUGAAGUUGUAAAACAACAUUUUUAUGUGUUUGUAGUAAAAUAUUUAGCUGAUGUGUUCGUAGAUUAAUGAUAAAUGAGCAAAGAAGUCAAUCCAUACUAGUUAGUGGUGAAAGCGGAGCAGGUAAAACAGAAAGCACCAAAUUGCUUAUGCGCUAUCUUGCUUACAUGGGGGGGAGAUCUGGAGGAGAAGGCCGUACUGUGGAGCAACAAGUACUGGAGGUCAGGUUUUUUCUUCCUCUUCUUUCAUAUCAUAAGUCAUGGACAAAAGAUUUGAUGGUAUCUCAUGAAUAGUCGAAAAUCAUUCAAUGAUGUCAGAAGUUCCAGACCUGUGUCCUAAAUUUUAUAGGUUUUAUAAUUGCAUAUUGUUGCGAUUCUAAUAAGUUAUUUUAAACAGUCCAAUCCGGUUCUUGAAGCGUUUGGCAAUGCAAAGACUGUGAGAAAUAACAAUUCAAGGUGAGGACUUCGCCGUUAUAGCGUCCAAAUUUUAUGCCAUAGCUUAUUAGCCAAGUUUUUUUCUUUUUUGUUCGUAAGUACUAAUGAUGGAUAACAUAUCUACACAGUCGUUUUGGUAAGUUUGUCGAGAUCCAGUUUGAUCAGAAUUGGAAGAUUUCUGGAGCAGCUGUCAGGACAUAUCUUCUUGAGAGGUCUCGUGUUUGUCAAGUAUCUGAUCCUGAGAGAAACUACCACUGCUUUUACAUGCUAUGUGCCGCACCACCUGAGGUAUAUAUUACAUUCCUCAUUGUGGAAAUCAUCCUUUGAUCCUUCCAUUUUCUCGCUUUUCAGAGAACUUUAUGGUAACCUUUUACUUCAAUCUUGCUUAUUGAAAGGCGAAAAAAAAUCUUUUUACCAUUGCCUAUUUGAUCAAGCUUUAUUAUAGUGUUUCAUUUACCAGUAUAACGACUUGGGUGGAAUGCAGAUUGUAACAGUCAUGCACAUCUAUAAAUACCAUAGAAAACUAAGUAUUUGGUAUGUUGCUCCAAUAUCAGAAUUUUUGGUACGGUCACGCAUGUCAUAAUAAAUUGAGACCGAUCAAAUGAUUGACAGUGGGUCACGCAUCUCAAGUUUUUCUAUCAUGGAUUGUGUGCUUCUGAGGUGGGAACUUUAGGAUCGUGCCGUUUUUUGCAUAGGCAAUCCAAAUAAAGAUUUUAUUUCAUUUCACCUUGGACAGUUUCAUCAUAAAGUCUGGUGUGGGGGGGGGGGGGGGGGGGGGCAGGCAGUUCUGAGCGAGGGUUCUCAACUGACCAUAUUUGUCUUUAUGGACAGAUCCCGAUUGAUAAGAGGUGCAUAUUUGUCUUCUUUCAUGUGUCUUUUCCAUCUUUGGUUCUGUAUUUAUGAUUCUGCAUCUUUGGGAUAGAGGUGUAAUGGCUCUGUGUUUAUGCUACUCGGUGUGCCAUUCUAAUACGGUAGAGUCGAUGGGUGUUUUACUGAGUUCCCAACAACCGGGACUCACUAAGGUACAGUCGCUUGUGGAUCCUUCACCUUGAAGGUUUCCUUUGAUCUUUUCAUGUAUUGUUAUUUUGUGUUGGUCACUUUGCAACCAUUCAAGGGAUUUCCAGUGUUGUUUAUAUUCAUGUUUAGUUUGGUCAGAGGCUCUUCCGAGGGAUAUUGUACAAGAGGGCUAUAUCUUUGUGCAUCAUGAUGUUUCUACUUUCCUCAGUAAACUGUACAAACUCCAAAAUAUUGCCUUAUUAAUCAGGCUCUCCUUUGCCUUAUUAUUGAUUUUUUCUCACCUGUAACUUUAGUGUUAUUAAUAUGGGAGUUUCUAAUGGUGUUGAUGCUAUCAGGAUGUUGCUAGAUACAAGCUGGGGAAUCCUAGAUCUUUUCAUUACCUUAACCAGUCCAACUGCUUUGAUCUGGAUGGGGUUGAUGAUUCCAAGGAAUACCUCGAAACUAGGAGGGCUAUGGAAAUAGUUGGAAUCGAUUCUGAUGAACAAGUACUAGCUUUAACCAUUAUCCCUGUUUUCAUAUGUUCUACGAGGCAAAUGUUUUUCAUUUUUAUGACCCUAGCUCUCUUCCUGAGUUCCUUAUUUCUUUUUAAAAUAAUGUCUCCACUUCAGGAUGCUAUUUUUCGUGUUGUGGCUGCUGUUCUUCACUUGGGUAAUAUCGAAUUUUCGAAAGGAAAAGAUAUUGAUUCAUCUGUGCCAAAAGAUGAGAAGUCUUUGUUCCACCUGAAAACUGCUGCAGAACUGUUAAUGUGAGAAUCGCCAUUUAUCAACUAUAGAGUUGUGACAUAAAAGGUAUCAAGAAUAUUGACUGGAUUGUUGUGUGCAAUUUGGGUAGGUGUGAUGCAAAAGCACUUGAGGAUUCUUUAUGCAAACGCGUUAUUGUUACUCGUGAUGAAACUAUAACCAAAAAUCUUGAUCCGGAGUCAGCUACCCUCAGUAGAGAUGCCUUGGCAAAAAUUGUUUAUUCACGGUUAUUCGAUUGGUCAGUAUUUUUCUUGGCCUUUUGCUACGAUCCUGCACUUUUUUUGUUAUUUUAAGAACUUUCUGUGAAGGUAAUUGGUCUUCAACUCCUCGCAUCAUUAUUGCAGGCUCGUUAAUAAGAUCAAUAAUUCCAUUGGACAAGAUCACGAAUCAAAGUUUUUGAUUGGGGUUCUCGAUAUCUAUGGGUUUGAAAGUUUCAAGACAAACAGGUGCUUAACCGGUAUGCUUUUUGUAGUUAUCUUUUAGCAGAUGCUUAUCAACCUCUGCAAAAAAAGUAAGCAUCAUUUAAAAGAUGUCAAGUUGAUGUAACAAUCUUUCUAAAUUGCAUAAUGCAAAAAAUUCUUGCAAAAAUUUCAUUAUUUUUCUGGGUUCUUAUGCUUUCUAGCGGAGAGAGAAACUUGGAAGCAACGUUUUGUAAAUUUACACUUAUGAGGAAACAUUGUUGUAAAGAAUGCUGUUUCAAUUCUUCUGAGUUAUUGUGAUGGCAUAGCACUACAAAUGAACGAUACAACAUAUAGUGUCAUCAAUGCUUAUUUUUCAUGAAGGCUUGGUUUAGACAAUGGAGGUGAGGUUUACAUGAAAUCUCCAAAAUAUCAAAUUAUAAUUUUGGCUUUCAACCCAUGUGAAGUUUAUGUGAUAAAGGUUUUGCUUUAUACUGGUUCUAGCACUUCAAGUGUAGCUUUCAGCUAGGAGGGUUCUUUGUUGGUCAAAUGUUAGACAAUUAUGAAUAUUUUCCUGUGCGCCUUAAUUGGUUGAAUAUUAGACAAUAUUGAAUGUUUUGCUUUCCAAAAAAUAUCACCUUAAUGUGGUAGGAAUGCAAAACAUCUAGAUUUAGAUAUUUGCUUCCAGUGGCAUGGAUGUUAGCGUGGCCACGAAUGUCAAAGAAAUCUCUUUUGUGUCCUCAUAUCCCUGGGCUGAACCACCUGAUGGAACCUGGGUAAUGAGAAUGAUAGUGCAGUCUAUUUGGUGUUGACGUAUGCAUCUCUUAUGUUUUGUUUGAUUAUAUUUCAUCAUUCCUGAAGAUAUACUAUAUUUUUGUUGUUAUUGUGCAACUUUUUUUGCAAUUUCUGGUGAAUGAAUUUUGAUUGAUGACUCAUCUUUCAGUUUUGAACAAUUCUGUAUCAACUUGACAAAUGAGAAACUGCAGCAACAUUUUAAUCAGGUACACUUCAUAAAUUAUGUCGUUAUAUUUCAUAUUAUCUAGUAAGAAAUGGCUCAUUUUUUUUCUCUUGUAACAGCAUGUCUUUAAAAUGGAGCAAGAGGAGUAUACAAAGGAAGAAAUUGACUGGAGUUAUAUCGAUUUCAUUGACAAUCAAGACGUUCUCGACCUCAUAGAAAAGGUUUGUGGUUUCAAUUUGCUAUGCCUUCCUUUGGAGAAUAUGUCAUAAAAGCUCUUUUCAUUAUUAGAUCGAAUGGCAAACUCGAUUUUAGUGUAUCAAUGGAGAAAAUGCUGAGAAAAUGACAAGUAUCCUUUCAGUACUUUGGAGGGAUAGUAGAAUAGUUUAUUCCGUCUUGUUUUUUCAUUCAUUGUUUCCACCCAACUCCAUUUCAAGCCUGCUUUUAGUGAUUGUUCAGUAUGAGCGUAGAAAAUGCCGGGAAAAUGGCAAAGAAUGAAUGCUUUCUUUUGCUUUUGAUGAGUGUUCACAAGGUCUUGUUCUUCUAAGAUCCUUUCAUCUUUUUCUCUUACCUAAAUGAGAUUUCGUGUUCACUAGCCAUCGGAAUUUUCUUAAUUAUGUAAAGUUUAUCUAAAAAAGAUUUUCUUACGUUUGAUCUAGAUUCUGAACUGCACCAAAAACCUUCAGUAAAAUCUUAGUGUUACACUUAGGUGCAACUGAACUAUUAUGUUGCUUAGAAAAGACCUUAUAUUCUCAGGAAUUUGGUAGUGUUCCCUUUUAAGAAAACGAAACCCGUUGACAACAUGAAUAUAUCAAAACUGUAUAUUCUUUGUUACGGAUUAUAAAUUAGGCAGUCCAGACUACGACAUCUUUUCUGUUAUGAUGAAUAGUUCAUCUUGAAAUUGAGAAUAUGCCCCCUCUGUAGAGACUAUUUUUAUAAAACUAGAUUAUUUAUCUUGAGUUAUUAUUAUUUCAUCUAAUGCCUUUGUUACAGUUGCUUUGUCUUCCGCGGGAAGUAGUUUUUGUGAUCUGAUGUUAACUGUCAAAUCUUUUGUGACCUGGCUGUCUGGACUUUACCUUGGCCCUACAAUGGAUUAGUCAUUUUCUUGCAUGUGUUCUUUUCCAUUUUUGAAUGUAGAACCUUGUGGACAAAUUGGUUUUUGAUUUAAAACAAACUCACUGCUUUAGGUUUUCUCUUUUUUGAUCUUCCACUAUUCAACUUUCAGAAACCUGGCGGGAUAAUUUCUCUACUCGAUGAAGCUUGGUAUGUAUCAGAUUUACAUAUGCUUAUUAUUUAACGGAAUUGGAUGAUCUUUUUAUCAUAAUUUCUCUUUUUCUGUAGUAUGCUGCCGAGGACAACUCACGAAACUUUUGCCCAAAAAUUAUACCAAGCUUUUAAAAACCACCCACGUUUCAGCAAACCAAAAUUGUCUCCCUCUGACUUCACAAUUUGUCAUUAUGCUGGAGAUGUAAGUACCAUUUGUUCAAAAGUAGUAAAGUACUGGUCCAUUAUAUGCUGCUAUUUUGAUUUGCAUCCUCUCCCUAAUAACUGCUAUUUGUCUGGUCAGGUCACUUACCAAACACAGUAUUUCUUAGAUAAAAACAAGGAUUAUGUUAUUGCUGAACAUCAGGCACUUUUGGGUGCGUCUCGCUGUGAUUUUGUUGCGGCAUUGUUCCCACCUCUGUCAGAUGAUUCAUCCAAAUCUUCAAAAUUUUCGUCGAUAGGCUCAAGAUUUAAGGUGUGCUAAUUUUUCUUAAACAUUCAGAUUGAUGUGUUGGAAAUCUGGCAUGUGGCAUACUGUUACAUCUUUUCUGAUGAAUGUACAGCAACAACUUCAAGCUUUGAUGGAGACCCUGAGUGUCACAGAACCACAUUACAUCCGUUGUGUGAAGCCUAAUAAUGUUCUUAAGCCAGCAAUUUUCGAAAACAAGAAUGUUCUUCAACAGCUUCGCUGUGGGGUAGGUUCCUUCCGUCUCCUUUGGUGUUUUCGAUUUCUGUUUUCUUCUUGGAUCCUCAGCUAGUGAUUUAAGUGUUGCUUUGCAGGGAGUAAUGGAAGCAAUUCGGAUUAGUUGUGCUGGAUAUCCAACAAGGCGAACAUUUGAUGAAUUUAUUGAUCGUUUUGGUCUUCUGGCACCAGAGGUUCUGUAUAGCAGGUGGUUUCUAAUCUAGUUCGUUCAUGUUUCCUUUAAAUGUGAUCUGCAUAAUAUCUUAAUCUCCAUUUACUCAGAAGUGUCUAAUUUUCAAUGUUUUAACAUUUCGGCUGUUCUUUCAUGGCAGCUAUGACGAGGUAACUGCCUCCAAGGUAGUUCUAGAGAAGGUGAAUCUCGAAGGGUAUCAGGUAAUUUGGUUAGUUGUUUUUUUUUCAUGUGCCAAUCAAUUGAAAUGAAAACCCUCUUUUUCUCGGGUUACAGAGAUUUAUUUUGAGUUAGGUUGAAAUUAAGAGUUUGGAUGUUAUAAUCUUUUGAUAAAUUGCUUUGCUGCUUAAUUUUAUGGAUUAAUUAAUGUGUCACGAGAUUUGCUUUUGAUGGUGAUAUAUUCUUGUAUCCUUGUGAGCUGAUGGAUGAAUAACACCGUCACAAGAUUAACUUUUGAAGGUGAUAUGUUCUUAUAUGCUUGUGAGUUGAGGAAUGAAUAACAGUGUCAAAGGGUUAAUAUUGGAGCUUAAUUUCUAUUUACUUUAAUGUGUAAGAACAAAGUAGACCUGUCCGAGAUAUACAACGUCUUUUUUUUGUAGGAUAUCUCGGAUUAAGUGAAUUUAGUUUAAUAGUUCGUUUUUCUGUGAAAAUAAUUGUCAAAUUUGUAUUAAUUUUCCUUUGUACCCAUAUCGGUGUUGUUUUGGAAACAUUGUCUAAUAUCUGUUAUCUUAUGGUUCAAAGUGCCAGUUCUAAAAUUUCGAUGAAAUUAGUAGUUUAAUGCAUCAUACAGAUGUACCCAUACUAUUUUAUAAAUUUUCUUGCGGUUGAAAAAUAUAAAUGUUUGCAUAUCUUACAUGCAUGCUAGAAAUUUAAUACCUUGUGUGCUGGAUCACUAAUAUUGUACCAUCUAUAGUGUUCGUUCUAUUAAAUACAUGAUGCACAUCAAGAUUAAGUUCACUGAAUGUCACACAUUUGGAUUUUAUACAUACAAAGUGAAUUAUCAAAAUAUACAUCUGCAGAAUGUCUGAAUAUUUCGAUUCAAACUAACAGAUAGGAAAAACAAAAGUGUUUCUUCGGGCUGGGCAGAUGGCUGAACUUGAUGCUCAGAGAACUGAAGUUUUAGGGCGAUCUGCUAGCAUAAUUCAAAGGAAAGUCCGUGCUUAUUUGGCUCGUCGACGUUUCAUUUCAGUUCAGAAAUCAGCCAUCUUUAUUCAGGCUCUUUGCAGAGGUGAUAAAUUGAGUCAAAUACACUCCCUUCAUGUUGUAGUCUAUUUCUUGUUUCUCUGUCAUGCUGGUCGGCUGUUGUGUCAGUAAACAUAAACCCUCUUGCUUAUUGCAGGAGAACUUGCGCGUCGGUUUUAUGAAAGUGUACGUAGGCAAGCUGCUAGCCUGAGGAUCCAGACAUUCUUGCGCAUGUGCAUCGCAAGGAAAGCUUACAACCAAUUGGUUUCUUCAUCUAUCAUUAUUCAAACUGGCAUGCGUGCAAUGGUUGCUCGGAAGGAACUUCAUUUCAGAAGACAAACUAGAGCUGCAAUACUGAUUCAGGUCUAUUUGAUUAGUGAGGAUUCAUUAUUUUCGUAGAUCAGCUUUAUCUCCCAUACCACUGCUUGUUUUGUACUCUUCACUGUUCCUACAAGUUAGACAUCCUUAAUAUAAUGAUUCUUGUUUUCAUUUUAAUGUUUAGUGGGUUGGUUGGUCGUUCAAAAUUCCAUAGUUUUGAAAACCCAGCAUUUUUAUAAAAGCUCAUUCAGAUGAAGGGGCUCUACCUAAAAUUGUGCUAUAUUGUUGUCUAUAGUUCAGUAAUGCAAACUUUGUAUUUAUAAUAUUUUUUUCACUCCUGACCUCAUGAUAUAUCCUCAAUCGAGAGCUCAUUUUAUUUUUUUAAAUGUAUAUUUUCUCUUAACAGAGUCAAUGUCGCCAAUAUUUGGCCCGAUUACAUUUCUCGAGGAUCAAGAUGGCAGCAAUCGUCACCCAAUGUGCCUGGAGAGGAAGAGUUGCUAGAAGAGAACUACGAAACCUUAAAAUGGUAAGCUUACAUUUCUCUGCCAAGUUUUAUCUUCCUCACUAACUUCCUACAUUGGAGGAAUUUUCGUUUUUUCAUUGAAUUGAAUAUUGUCAAACUACAUGUAGUAUUUCAUUGCCUUUAUUAUUUUCAUCUCCAGGCGGCAAGAGAGACUGGUGCUCUUCAAGCUGCCAAAAAUAAGUUGGAGAAACAAGUUGAGGAGCUGACCUGGCGACUGCAAUUGGAGAAGCGCAUGAGGGUAAUCUUAUGUUUUUCUUCUUUGAUUAUGGAAUGCUUCAGAUGUCUUGUUCAGUAAAAUGUAUUUCUCUGUAAACUUAACUUGAUGUCGUAGUCAUUGGCUUUUGAUUCCACAUUUUGAUUAUGGAAUGACAAAUUCUAAGGUGGUUUAGGCUAAAUUUAUGUAUUUUCUUGCCAUUUUUUAGUUGAAUCUUGAAAUCCUAGUCGGUAGGCUUGGACUUGGGAAUCAAAAGCAGAAAUCCUGAAAACAGUGUCAGCUCUGACUCUGCCUCAAGUUAGACGAGUUGAAACAGCAAGGCUGGAAUUAUUUUUUCUAGAUUUAAUGCGAGAUGUUAUCCUUUUUAAAGAACAAGAACAUAGUGAACGAGAAAAGAGAGACAUCUACUUCUGUCUCUGGAUACCAUUGACAGUAACUGUCAGCCAUGUGGCCUGAAAGGGGGUGCAUUUCCUUUCUGAUUGGGGGGAUGGGAGAAUCAGACAAUGGCAUGAUUGGGUGGGAGGGGAAGGUGAUUGGUUAAACUAGGUGAUAAGAAAAUGAUUUUUUUUCUUUACAUCCUUGUGGAAAAAUAUAUUUAUAUUCAUCUUCAGAAGCCGGUUGUCAAAUCUAUCCACCUCCAACAAAAAGAAGAUAGUGUUUAAAACAUAUUAUUUAAAACUUUUAGACAGUUUUGAAUAAACUUUUUGUGUUUUUCUUUGACACUGAGUCAACACAAUUUGCAAAAAUCUGACUACGUAUCAUUAGCAUCUUUUGGAAGAUGCGCGUACUUAAGUAAUUGGCGACUGUGGCUACCUAUUUUUCUCGAUCAAGUUAGUUUGGUGACGAGCAGCAGCACAUCUAAAUGAUUUCUGAGAAGGUAUCUUAGUACAUUGGCAAGGAUGUGAUUUUACAUGUGAUAAUUAUGAGUUUUUGACGUAUGUAUUUUUGGGUGUUACUGGCUCAUUAAUUAGAUAUUUGGAUAUGAGAUUUUUGAAAUAUUCUAAUGACAAUCUGUUUACCCGUAAUUUGAUGAAACAUUUUGAAGAUGAGAUUUUUUUUUUUAAAACUUAAAAAUUAUGUUGGGCAAUGUGAUGACCCUUGACAGUGCCAUUAACUCUAGAUUUAUUUCUUUGCACAAGAGUUAAGUACGUUGUGCGUGGCUUUGUUUAAUGAGUUAAUUUGAUUUUUGUCCCCUUUCUCUUAUUUAAUGAGCUAGAAGUUCAUGUUGUUAUUUUUCUGUAUCCCGUGUCAAUCACUAAUGCACUACGUUUGUACUAGGCCGACAUGGAGGAAGCCAAAACACAAGAAAAUGCAAAACUGCAAUCUGCUCUGCAGGAGGCACAGAUUCAAUUAAAAGAAUCAAGAGCGAUGGUUAUCAAGGAGAGAGAAGCUGCAAAGAAGAUUUCUGAGGAAGCUUCUCAUAUCAAGGAAGUCCCAGUUAUUGAUACUGCACUUAUAGAUAAGCUUGCUUCUGAAAAUGAGAAGCUGAAGGUACGUUGAUAAAUAUAAUGAUGUAUCCUGAUGCACUCUACUGGACAUACCUUCCUUAAAUCAUAAAGGAAAAACGAUAUCUAUCUUAUCACUAACUUCUUUGCCGGCUUUUUUUAUCAUAGGCUUUAGUUGGUUCCUUGGAAAGGAAGAUUGAGGAGACAGAAAAGAAAUAUGAAGAAACUAGUAGAGAAAGUGAGGAAAGGUUGAAGAAGGCCAUGGAAGCUGAAAAUAAGAUACUUCUUCUUAGUGUAGAUAUGCAAAGGUAUUGGGGCAUUUACCUUAGCAGACAGGAAAAUUGUUCCCAGAUUAUGCAUCUGCUUUAAUAAACAUGAUCUAUGCCAUUACCUCUUUUUUCUUUUCUUAAAACUAAAGAAAAUUUAUGGCAGACUUCAAGAAAAACUGUCUAAUAUGGAAUCUGAGGAUCAGAUUCUCCGCCAAAAGUCUUUGCUCAAUUCUCCUGUCAAACGAAUGUCAGAGCAUUUAGAGAUUCCAAAAUCACCUCCGAAAAUGGUAAUUAAAGCAUUUAUAUGAUUUCUCUACGACUUUGGUUGGGGUGAAUGCUAAUUUUGUUUUGGUUAACUGCAGCUUUUGGAGAACGGUCACCAUGGUAGUGAGGAGCUUAAGGUAAUUAUGAAAACCCUAGCAAGGUGUAGAUCAAGUGUUCUAGACUUUUUUUGAUGUCUAGAAACAAAUAUUGAAGUUUCUUUUUAAACUGUGUAUUCUUUGAGGAAAGUGAAAUAAGGGAGUGGCUACAAGCAUUUAGCAAAUGAAAACUAUCCCUCAUAGGUAUAAAACUAAGGAUAUGGAAAAUAGCACCGUGCGAAAACCCAGAAUGUUUCAUUGCAAUAUUUUGAAAUAAUGAAAGGGCUACCCAAUGCGAUAUCACUUGUACUACAGAUAAUGCAAGCGUUUCGUUUUCUUCAUAUCUAAUGUCCUUUUUGGUGAGUGAGGCAGUGUGACUUGUGAAGUGUGCACUAUGUUAUCCAUCACGUUUUUCACAUCAAUAGCAGUAAGAAAACUUUUAUGGACAUUAAAACUUGUCAGAGGAUCUCCUGUAGAAGGAUGAAAUGGGCUUUCUCCUUGUCAUUUCCCUAGUCCCUUUACAUGAAAAUAGUUACACGAGAGGAUUUUGCUUUUAUUGACGCCAAAAGUAUGUGUUUUUACUGUCAAGUUGUCUUGGAGAGAAGGGUGUAUUAAGGUAAUCAUGUGAUGUUGCUGUGGUGAUCGCUCUCUUUAAUGUCAUAUUUCUUCCAUACUAUCUAAAUUUCUAGUUCAUAUAGUCAGUUGUAGUUUGCAGUUGAUACUUCAAAAUUUUAACCAGUCCAGCAUAUUUAAGAUGACAGCGCCAUUGACUCUACUAUUUGUUAAACAUUGCUACACUAGAACCUAAAUUUCGUUUUAUUAUUUCUAUUACAAUCUCAACCUUGGAUCCAUUCAGGAACCCCAAAGUGCACCUGCAGCUGUUAAGGAUUAUGGAAGUUCUGACCAUAGGUUCAGAAGGUCUUAUAUCGAGAGGCAGCAUGUACGCUCAUUGUUUCAAUCUACAUGAACUUAUUUUGAUCACUGUAGUUUUCUUUCAUAAUCGUAUGCUGAGAUUAUUUAUGUGAUAUUGUUUCUAUGCAGGAGAGUGUCGAUGCUCUAAUAAAUUGCAUUGUUCAAAAUGUUGGAUUCAGCCAGGGGAAACCAGUGGCUGCAUUUACCAUCUAUAAGUGUCUUCUUCACUGGAAGUCAUUUGAGGCUGAAAAAACUAGUGUUUUUGACCAUCUUAUUCAGACCAUUGGUUCUGCAAUUGAGGUAAUUGUCUGGUUCUCAUUUUGACUACCACAUUUAUUUUCUCAGGUUCGUAUUUUCCAACACAGAAAGCAGUUAUCACUAGUACUUGAAUUGUGACAACUGAUCUGGACGUGCUCUGGUCUUUGCGUCUGCUGUGCGGGCAUUAUCUAAAUUUUUACUUGUUAUAAUUUUUUUGUUAUGAUAAACACAUUGCAUGGGAAGGGAUCCCAUGCCCUGGACUGGUUUUAAUGCGACCUUUUGUGAGGUAUACACUGUGGUUCUGAACCAUAGGACACAAGGGUUAAUGGUUUCAUUAUAUUAAUUUUCCAAUCGAAGGGAAAGCCUGAUUUUGAAAAAGGAAAAACACAUUUGAAGUGUAUACCACUAUCUAGAAAGGUGCAAAUGAAAUGAAAUUUCAGUUCAAGCUUUUGUGUGAAACAGUAUUCGUUAAACAUCCUACCUCAUUUGGGAAACCCGAAGGGGGGGGUGGCGUUACUGCUUGAUAGGAUGGCGAGUGGCUGGUCGGCUACUAUUUGUCCUUUGUUUGCCUUCCAUGGGGAACUCUUUCAUAUUCUUCAUAUCUACUCAUGUAUUGGUAGUUGGCUAAGAGAGAUUGUCAGACCAGAAAUUCACCAAUUUUCAUCCUGAUUUUUUCACCAGUUUUUUUUAGGAGGUGGACCAGAGUUUGCUUUUCUAUACCUGAAUCUCAAAUACCGUGAUCCUGGUUGCUUUCUGUGCAUAUAAUGCGUGGAGGAUAAUAUAUUACUUGUUCGUUAGUUUUCAUAACUUCAGCUUGCCUAUCCUCUUUUCCUUUUGAUGAUGGGGUUGUCUUACUUUCAGAAGGUUUGAGGUUAUUUGAAAAUAUAAAAUUUGUGUGGAUUUUAUGGUAGGAAGAGAACAUCACCUUGAAAUAAAGAGACAUGGUGUUUGAAAGAACUGUGGCAAGAUGAUGGUGAAUAGCAUUUUUUUUACGGUUAUCUCAUUUCAAUUGCUGGUCCAUACUUCAGGAAACUCGUGGAUACUCAGGGUCUAAAACUAGAGAAGUAGAUCUUGCACGCGAGCUUAACCCAAGUUUUCCAUAGUAUUAAAUGGCUUCAUCUGUGUUCAUUUUGAAGGACCGGGAACCUCAUGCACGACUGUUAAUGUACAGAUUCUGAUAAACGAGUGUUCAGGGCAUAUGUUGUCUGAUGAUCUUAUGAUACUGGUUCUACAUCGGUUAAUUGAUUCCCUUGCAGAAACUGAUUCCCUUACAAAUUUGUUUUCCUAACUAUCGAGAAAAUGUUUGUGAUAUUUGUAUUCCUGUUAACUAGAAGAAUUCCUUGUGAGAUCACCGGAAACUAUUCCCAUGAAGUAGACACUUUAACGGAAACCUACAUGUUUUAACUAUUGUUUAAGUGAAUUCUAGCAAUCUGGAUGGGUUUGUGUUAAUAUGAGGGCUUUAACUUUUCAACUGACCAAAGUCCCUUGUAAGCGUUAGUCAACUUGCAUUAGUUGCUUAUCUCCUUUGAGAUCUAAUCCCUUUUACGUUCUUAAGUUGGGAGAUUCCGAGUGUUUUUAAUUCUUUGUCACGAAAGAUACGGUAAAGCUUUUUUAAAAAAGGAAAUGUAACGAUCUUAUUAACUUUUUUUCAGUCAUCUCGAUUUUCUUUGUGGUCCGAACCUGGAAUUCUAAAUUUUCAUAGCGCAAAAAUCCUUGGGAAAAUUUUCUCUCAUUUUCUUGCUGACUUGGCAAGGUUGUCAGAAUUAAGGGCAGCACGAGUCUCUAGUUGUUUUGUCAAAAUUCUGAAACAUCUUUAUUUUGAAUUGCGGUUAUUCUCCUGUCUCUUGGACUUUAUUUAAUUGUAGUACUUAUCUCGUUGACAUUUCUUCUUUAAAUUGGAAGAAAUUUGUGAAGUCUGAGAAAUAAUUUUUUGAAGGUUAUUUAUAUUCUGGCAAGUAUAUAUGACUCCGUGCAUUCUGCUGUUGUAUCCUUGGUGAUAUUUCGCAAAUGCAUUGCUUUCAGUGAUAAUCUUUUUAUGCGGUGCAGAAUGAAGAGAACAACGAGCGUUUAGCAUACUGGCUUUCAAACACUUCCACCUUGCUGUUCUUAUUGCAACGAAGUCUUAAGGCUGCUGGUACUGGCGGUGCUGUUCCACGAAAGAAACCUCCCCAACCAACAUCAUUAUUUGGACGGAUGACUCAGGUAAGGGCCUCUCUUUAUUUCCUUUGAUUUUUCAUGAGACACCAACCAUGAGUAUUGUCGUGAGAAAUGUCUUCAGCUUUUUUCUGAAAGGUAUUAUACAGGUAUUGUACUCUCCCGACUUCCCAUAGAAUCAAAGUAAUUUGCAUCUGAACGUUGUUGAUAGUACCUCCCCUUUAUCACUUGAAAAUAACAUAGCACUUCAUAUCAGGGAUUCCGCUCAUCUAGUGCAUAUCUUGAAGUUGACGGAGCAGAUGUUGUCCGCCACGUUGAGGCCAAGUAUCCCGCAUUGCUUUUCAAGCAGCAGCUGACUGCUUAUGUGGAGAAGAUAUAUGGAAUUCUUCGUGAUAAUCAUAAGAGAGAUUUGACUUCUCUACUAUCGCUAUGCAUCCAGGUAACCCACAGAAAAGUGGUAUCUAAUUUCCAGGGGUAUUGAAAAAUCCAUAGAAUAUUGGAUUUUUUAUUCUGUUAUUCACCUAACCACCCAAAAUAUACCUAGAAAUAUUUACCUUCAAGUGCUCUUUGAUUUGAAUUCUCAGGCACCACGAACAAGUCGAGGUAGUACACUGAGAAGCUCCGGUCGCUCAUUUGGUAGUCACAGUUCAAGUGGUCAUUGGCAGAGCAUUAUUGAUAGCCUUGACGCUCUUCUCAAGACCUUGCAGGAGAACUUUGUGAGUAUUUUUAUGAAACCUGAAGCAUGGGCUAUUGAAUUAUAUUCUACUGUAUCUUGUUAACCCGGCCUGUUCUCCAGGUGCCUUCAAUUCUUAUGCAGAAAAUAUUUACCCAGAUUUUCUCGUUUAUCAAUGUCCAACUUUUCAACAGGUCAGAUUUUAUCUUUUUUUUGGUUUUUUCCGCUGUCAUGCAUGUAUGGAAAAUUCUUAACUGUUUAUAUUAUAUUUUUCUCUGCUUCAGUCUUCUACUACGUCGUGAAUGUUGUUCCUUCAGCAAUGGUGAAUAUGUGAAAGCUGGUAUUGCAGAACUGGAGCUAUGGUGUGCCAAAGCAAAACCAGAGGUGAUAACCUUUUGCAUUUUAUUGCGUCUUAUAGAAUGUUCGUGGUUGAUUUUUUAUUUGAGUUUUUUUGCAUAUUUCAGUAUGCGGGAUCUGCUUGGGAUGAGCUUAAGCACAUCAGGCAAGCUGUAGGAUUCUUGGUAUGUAAAAAUUCUGUGACACUCAGACAUUCCAUUAGUUCCUUGUCGCCUCUGUAAGGCAUCUAAGUUCUGGAAGAUGAUAUCUUCAAACUUUACUCGUUUCAAUGCCAUCUAAGUUCUGUUGUAAUUUUAGUAUUUCAGUUUUUGUUCUAGGCUUAUCUUCUUGCUUGUUGCUUGUGUUUGAAUAGACUGCAUAUUGUUAUGCAUGCUUACAGCUUUUCUUGGCUGAAAAUGUCAUUUGGAUUCUUGCAAAGGUUUUUCAUGAGAGUUUUUUUUUUUUUGCUUGCUUCAUGCUAGUUUUUCUUUCAUGGUCAGGUAAUCUUCCAGAAGUAUCGUAUUUCCUUCGACGACAUUGUCAACGAUCUUUGCCCGGUAAUUGGAAAGACUAUUCUUUGGCGACCAUCAUCGUCAUACUCUCCCUCUCCCUCCCUCCCUCCCUCUCUCUGAUAGCUAUCUAUCCCUUUCAUCCAACUAUCUGUCUAUCUCUAUCACUCCUCAUGUUUUGAUUAUAUGGCCAAGGUGUGGUCUCCCAUUGCACUAAUUGUUGGCACCUGCAGGUUCUGAGCGUCCAGCAGCUCUAUAGAAUUUGCACGCAGUACUGGGAUGACAAAUAUAACACGCAAAGUGUAUCUUCAAAUGUAAGUAAAGAUUACCAGUAGGGUCCUCUUCUGAAAAUAGUUUUUCCAAAUAUAUUAGCUCUACCUAGGAACGAUUUAUUUCAUCCGCAUACAAUCUCAUUCCAAGUUUGCUUUCUCCCUUUAGCAAUAGCUCUUUCUAUACAUAGAGGGUAAUGUUUUAAGUUUUUAUUGUUUGUAAUGAGAAGAGCCUCACCAGUCCCUUUUCAUUUUGCUUUCUCUCCCUUACUGAGCAGGUUCUUUCCAGCAUGAGGAUACUAAUGACAGAGGACUCCAGUAAUCCUGCUAGUAAUGCUUUCCUGUUGGACGACAAUUCCAGGUAAAAAAAAAAGAAAAAAAAAGAAAAAAAGAAAAAAAGAAAAAAGAAGGGUACUAAAUUUGUGUGAUCUCGUAGAAAUGAGUAUAUGAUAACAUACCCAAAUGCGGUAUUUUCUAUGCAGCAUUCCAUUUUCGGUCGAUGAUAUAUCCGGCUCGAUACAAGAUAAGGACUUUGUAGAGGUUAAACCAGCAGAGGAGCUUCUCAGUAAUCCAGCCUUCCAAUUUUUACAGGAGUGA